CGCCCCGCCCCGCCCGCGCGCCGCGCCGGGAGAGCCCCGGGCCCCGACCCCUCCCCCCGGACUCCCGGCCCGAGAGCGGGACCCGGGCGGCGAGGGUGACUGGGCUGCGGCGCGGGGCCGGGUCCUGGGCAGGGAGGCUCGGCGGCCUUUUUCUUUCUCUGCCCCCGCCCCUCUCUCUCCUUCCUCCUCGCUAGCCCCGCCGGCGGCGGCCGAGUUCGGCACUCUCGCCUCGCCUCCUCCCCCACCCGGGGACCCUCUCCUCUCCCCUCCCCUCCCUCGCCCGCUCCUCCCGCCGCCUCCUCCCUCCCGGAGCGGCUGGCUGCGAGGAGGCGUAACGGAAAGCCCCGGCGGGGGAAGGCUGCGAGCUCGGGGCCGGAGACGCAGAGCCGGGCCGGGUGAGUUGGAGUCGCCGGGCCCCGCGCGUGCUGCAGGAGGGAGAGCCCGCAGCCCCGGCCAGGUAAACUGGGAAGCAGACUCUUGAAUUCACAGCUGACUUGUGGUUUUUGCAUCUCGUUAAAGCGCACUCAUCAUACAGGUGGCAUUUUUCUGAAGUUGAUCAUUGAGACUUACCAGCAUUCCUACAGAUAUAAUAGGUGAGGCCGCGCUCGGAGCUCUGACAUGGCAGCAUGACGGCCCCGGCCCGCGCUGCCACAGGCCGGCCAGAGGGAGCCCCAGGCUGUGGGAGUGAGCGCCCGGAGCAGCGACUUCGUUCUGCGGCCGCCUGAGCCUCCUUCCCCCCCGGCCUGCUUUUAUUAUUCACCCCGUGGACUCCUGACUUUUCCGCCUGGAACAUCAAUAUGUGUCAUGUUAUUGUCACCUGUCGCUCGAUGCUCUGGACCCUCCUGAGUAUUGUGGUGGCUUUUGCAGAGCUCAUCGCCUUCAUGAGCGCCGACUGGCUGAUUGGAAAAGCCAAGAGUCGCAGCGGCGCCGCGCCCGACGACCAGAGCGGAGGCUCGUCGGAGCCCUACCACCCGACCUUGGGCAUCUAUGCCCGCUGCAUCCGCAACCCGGGCGUGCAGCACGUGCAGCGGGAGACGCUGUGCGGGCCCUACGCGGAGAACUUCGGCGAGAUCGCCAGUGGCUUCUGGCAGGCCACGGCUAUUUUCUUGGCCGUGGGCAUCUUCAUUCUCUGCACGGUGGCCUUGGUGUCCGUCUUCACCAUGUGUGUGCAGAGCAUCAUGAAGAAAAGUAUUUUCAACGUCUGCGGGCUGCUGCAAGGAAUCGCAGGACUGUUCCUUAUUCUGGGUUUGAUACUCUACCCUGCUGGCUGGGGCUGCCAGAAGGCCAUAGGCUACUGUGGACACUAUGCAUCGGCCUACAAACCCGGAGACUGCUCCUUGGGCUGGGCCUUUUACACCGCCAUCGGAGGCACAGUCCUCACCUUCAUCUGUGCUGUCUUCUCCGCACAAGCAGAAAUUGCAACCUCCAGUGACAAAGUACAGGAAGAAAUUGAAGAGGGGAAAAGCCUUAUAUGCCUCCUUUAGUUUGGAAGAGACACAAAUGCCACUUUCUACCUAUGUAACCUUGUGAAACAGCACCCCUCUGGUUUCAUCAUCUGAGUCAAGUGAAGAACUAGCCUUUAUCUACCAAAGCCUACAUUCCACAGCCUUGAGCCUUAACAGGACCAAUGAGAGGCAACAGUCAGCUAAGUGAUGGCACUCGAGGACCACAGUGCAAAAUGUCAGAGAUGGAAUAUAAAAAUACUGCAUGAAGCCUGACACAAGUUGACAAGUCUGUCUGACUCCAUCUCCCCCAAGGCUCAACAAAGGAUAAUGAUCUAAACCAUUAAGGCCGCAGUUCUUCUGGUAACAGAGAUUAUGAGCUAGAUUUUCAGGCUAUUUUGAGAUGUGUUUCUGCCACAAGGCUGCAUGCCUGUGAGCAUCUCUGCCUCAGAAUGAGGUUUGGGGGUUGGUGUUUUUGUCUCCUCCUAGUUCUUCCAAGUUUUCUCAGAGACUAAAAAUGAAGACUGCAUGCUUACUGGGGAUAGGGAUGUGUGCUCAAGGGCAUACAAGACACUGCCUCUUAAUUAGCUGACCAAGGGGUGAGCAGGUCAGUGUGGAAUGCUGUUAUGGAACUUAUUCUAGGCUGAAUUCCAGAGUAAGGUAGAUCUAUUGAACUGUAAUUCCAAGAUUUUAGAAAUUUGACUAAGGAAAGAAUAAGGACUUGUAUGAUCAUGAGAAUAAAGAAGAAAAUCCUGCUAGUGAAGACAAACUCAUUCCACUUCCCAGCAGUCAGGCUAGCACCAGUACUGGCCCAGUCUCCUCUUCCAAUGGAGAUCACAUGUUUUUCUCCUAGGGUUAGGAUUGAGCUUUGACUGCCAAAGGAAACCUCACCCUGUUUCCUCAUUCCAGGAACAGAGAUCUCUAGGCCAGCUGUGGCUCAUUCAGAUGUACAGUGGGAGAACUUGCCAGAAUCUCAGCACUUGUGGGGAGACCUCUUCCCACUGGUAACCAUGUGGUAGUCAGCUGUAUUUCCAACCCCAGCAGCAACUGAAUGACAUUCUUUGCAGGAAAAAAGGAGCUAGUCAUCUAAGUCAAGUUUCUCCAGUUACUGGUAUUGAUCCUGAAAGCAGACUAAAAUAACAUUAAAAUUACUGCAAUGGGUAAUUUGCAUCAAAGGCUUCAUACCCAAAAAUGCACAGAGUAGAAAGUUAAUACAAAAAUGAGAGCGAAACCCAGCUUAAAGCACCUGCCUGUAACUGUUUACAAAAAUAAUGGAACACCACUAUUAAAAAGGAUUCAGGAGACUUUAAUCUAGUUUCUGUAAGUUGCCAAUAAAAUGGAUUGAGAAAAAUGGUAUUAGCCAUCACUUUAAAUUUACUUUGGAAUGAUCUCAGUGGCAAGAACCCAGUUGGGUAUUGCCCGAAGCUUCAGAACUGCAGAAUGAUUCAGAAAUUUAAGCAAGUGGAGUUGGACCUGUGAGAUUUCUGGAAGAAUUAAAAGGAUAGGUCUAUUUGGGCUUAUGAAUCUGCUCACGUGACAGCUUGCUUUGUUUUGAAAGCUUAACAAAUAAUUUACUCUGCACCUGCUCUGUGUAAGGUAUUGUAUUCUAAGUGCCAUCAGGCAUAGAACCCUGAUUCAGAUUUUACGACCUUGCCCCAGUGAAUCAUCUUCAGGCUGACUCUAAAACCAUGCCUUGGUGCAAAACAAAUAACUGCUUUAUACGUAGAUGGAAUGGAGUGAAUGAAGUUUGAUUCCCUUCUGGCCUCUGGUCUAUACCACAAAUCAUCCUGUCACACAAAUUAAAAGCUAAGGGCAGGAGGGGUGGUGGUGUAGAACCCGGCCUUAAUGAGUUCACCAGUGUUCGACCAAAGUUCAAAAUAAUCAAGAUGUAGUCCUAGGACUUCUUUUGAAAAGAGAAGGGGUAAAUAGGUAUCCUCAUAGCAGCCCUCGGUACAGCCUCAGGAAACAAUCCUAUCGAACACCACACAGAAAUAGGUUACAGCAGCCAAUGGACAGGGCUUCUGUCCCUGACUGUGCAUUUAUAUGCUCUCACCAAGCCUCAAUGCCCAUAGUAGCUACUUUUUAAACCUGAGCAGUAAUUUUCAUUAAAAAAAAAAAAAUUCCUUUUAUCAGAAGAUUCACUCUAUUUUUUGCUGUAAAAAAUAGAGAACCCAUUUCCUAAUUCCGUAACACUAAUUUUAUACUCUAACUUUCCUUCUUACAGACAAGUUCAAGUCCUGAGCCCUGACACUCCUCUGAGCAUGUCCAUCAUCUUUACUGUCUGAUUGCUCUUCGGCUUAGGUGGUGAUGUAUCUCUGGAACACCCUGAUAACAGUAGUCACAAGUGUAGACCUUACUUGGCCAGUGUUCUACUCCAUCAGUCUGAAUGCUACAGAAAACAAAGCACAUGCACACACACAUAACCCCAAACCACUAAAAACUACUUAAAUGCUGACUUAGUAAUCAGAGAUGGAAUUUCUCUAGCAGAGACAGAGUAAGAAGUAAUGUUGGGCCUUUUAAACCUUCAGUCCAUUAGCUAGGCUUUGGGGAAAAUGGACCAUUAAAAUCAUGCUAGUCUACACCAAAACUGUACAGCUGUUUAAAAACCACUGAAUAUGAGGAAUGUGUUGACCCACACUUUGGUAAUUAAUAUCAAUCACCUCAUCACCUCAGUCUCAAAGUCUAAUACACCUGGACCAUUACUACUACCAGAAAAGUCUUAUUUAUUUUUGCCUGCAUCUGCGCUUAAAGUUUUGUGAUGGGCUGGGCUUCUCAAUGAACUCCAAGAAGGCAGAAAUAUCUGCCUUGGAUUCUGUGGAUUUUUUUAAACCUGUGUGCUAAUUCAACAAUGUUACAUUCAUUGUGUAAGGGUUUUUGUAUAGUUUUCAAACCUCUGUGGUGUAACGAUCUUUGUUAAACAUGUAAAGUGCCAUAGUCUUUUUUUAUGUGUAGCAUAUUUAAAAAAUAUAUAUGUAUAUUAUACAUACACAAGUCUGUGUGAAAGAUGUGCAAUAACAAAGGUGUAUGUAUGUUUUGUUUUUUUUUUUGGAAACUGGACAGGAGUCAGAACAGGGAUUGUUUCUGUUUUGGCAAAGGAGAGAUAAACAUUUUUUGCCUUCAUGGCCUAGUCAUUAACCCGUAACAAUUUAAAUGCUACACAAACCGAUGUGAAGACAAGACUGGUAUGGAAUCAUUUAUUCCUGGGUCUAAAUUAAAAUAAUCACUAGAUUUACAUGAAAAUUAAGCCAGCACCAGGCCCAGUGAAUGCUAGUCUUUCAUGUGAAAUGUGAAGCUGCCAUGUUGCCUUUUCUGUUAGUGUGAUAACUAGUAGCUGGUACAUAAUCACUAAGGAGCUAUUUCUUAACACGCUUUGAUAGACCACGUUAAUGCUAGACCACUAUUUAAGGGCUGCUCUCACACCUUUGUAGCCAUAAGAGUCUGGCUUAGAACAGACAUCUCUGUGCAAUAACAUGUGGCCACUAGAAAUCCCUGGCCUGUAUUUGUACUGGGGCAGCAAUGACUCCCAAGGGCCAAAAGAGUUAAAGGCAUGACUGGGAUUUCUUCUGAGACUGUGGUGAAACUCCUUCCAAGGCUGGGGGUUCAUUAGGUGCUUUGGAGGAACUCAGCAUCACUUGAUAUUCAGUAGCCACUUGAGCCAAAUAGAAAAUUGUAUUUACCGCUAAUGGACUCAAUUUGAGCCUUCAAAUUUGUGAUUAUCCUAUUGUAUUGUAAACUAAUACAUUGUCUGUCUAGCAUUGAUUAGGUUCUUGUGCAUAUGUAUUUCACAGUGCCCUCCCCUCCCCAGAUCUUAAUUAAACCAGAUUUUGGAAACUCA